AUGACUGAGUAUCCAAUCCAUCCACGUGUGUUUAAAGUAUCCAACGAGAUGAAUCCAUUGGAUUUACUCUGUGAGCAACAUAAACGACAAAUUCAACAUCGAAAAGGUCUUCCAGAUUGGGAAACACCACGUGCUCCAGCUGGGAAAGUCAGUAAUCAUCAUGUAACCACACCAGCUUUCUUUGCAUGGGAUCAUGAGAGACCACAGGCGACGUGGCAGACAGAGACACCACAAAAGGUGGCAAGGACAUUGGAGAUGGAGAGUGAGCCGGAGAUGGUGAUGGGUGAGAAGUCUCUUUACACAUAUUCAAGUCAAGAAAGACCUGAGUCCAUUGAAGUAGAAGGACAAGAGGAAGACGCGGCCAUUGACGUGGAUGAUACUAACGACAGAUUGUCGGAAGAGGAUCAGUAUGGGGUGACAGGACGAUGUAUUGCUGUGAGUCCAAUGAGAGAGGACAUCCUUGAUCGAGCUCCUCCUUCUACUACUGGUGAGAAUCCCACUCAUCUGUCAGUUGCAGAAGUGUCACCGUCGCCGUAUCGGCCUCCUCCAAGUUCGAGAUAUAGACAAGGUCGUCGACUUGAAGAGAAUGAUGGAGCCAUCCCAUUGUCUCGGACCCAACUGUACGUUGCAGGAGUAACAACGGAGCAGGCGGAUCGCUACAGAAUGAGCAGGUCGAGUGGCAAGAGACUGCGAUCGCCGGCAAAGCGAACGGCAUUAUGGGGGGAUGAGUCCGACAGCUACAUUCACCAAAGUGGUGCUAGCGCCAACACGACCACACCCAGUUUUUCCCACAAACGCCAGGUUUGUUCUGCUGCCGAACGAACAUUCGGCGGCUCGUCGGUGUUUCGAACGCUCAAUAUGGACACGUGCAACUGGCCCCGAUCCGAGAGGGUGCGUGGCCAGCGUCGACCUGUUUUGACCGGUUCUGACGCAACCAACGUUGCAAACCAGACAGUACGCGAGUAUCUUGGAGAACGUGAAGAAGAGUCAAAGAAGGCCGAACAACCACAACAACAGGUUCCUGCUUGCCAUCACAGAGUGGAUAACGACACUUUCACCUCGGUCCCUCCCGGUGCUGAGGUGUUUGGCGCGCCUACCGCUGCACCUAAAAACUACAGGAGGACCAAGAGGGUAUCAUUUGGUGGAAAUGCCCUUGCCAAUCCUCCGAACGAGGUCGCGGUCUAUCCGCAGCCACGAACUCUACCCGUGCUUGCCGAUAAGACCACGCAGACAGAAGCUUCCCUAUUGCCAACUCGAUUACAGACUAGAUCUGAUAGACUUGACGUCUUUGAUUGCCGCGAAGCUCAGGGAAGAGAUCAUGCAUCACCUUCACGCUUCUCUGCGGGUGAUACUACGAUUGGCGAUUUCGAGCGUCCUAGGAAAAUUCCAAGAGGAUCUACUAAUGCUGUCGAUGCAGCCUUUGCGCAACAGCACAAUUACCGUCGGACAAGUAGUCAUCUGACGAAUCCAAUCAUGACAAACCCUCGAUACCAACAAGAGACGACGGCGUCCAAAGGAAAGUCAACGUACUCUGCUGUCUUCAAUGACAGACUCGCAUGGCGAUAG